UGUCUGUCACUGUCGUUUGGUGCAGCAGAUUUUUCGCAGAAAUUUUUAUUUUUUCUCAAAAUUGUUGUUAAUGAAUGUAGUGAAAGUUUUAAAACAUUCACCCAUCAGCGUGCUGUAUUUAAACGAUGUCACUACCAAUCAAACAUGAAGUUCCGAAAGAUCAGUGCAAUGUUUGCGGAAUCGAGCAACUGGUGGAUGUCUUACAGGAACAUCGGGAAACUUACCAAAUUGCUUCCGUCUUCCGGUGUUCCGUCUGUGAAGGAGACUAUCCGAGCAAAGAGACAAUGUGGAAUCACCAGGAGCAACAUUCGAUAACAGGAUUAUCCGGAGGACUGAAGUACAAGGUAUUUGAAGUACAUUGCGCAAUGUACAAAUGUUUAUUAUGUGCGGAUCAAAGAGUUUAUCAGGGAAACCUCUACUGGCAACAUAUUCACGAUAGUCAUGAGGGUUGUAACGAAUGCUUUCGAUCUAAAAGACUGCAUACACACGAAUUGACUAACAGUAAAAUAGGUCAUACUUCAAAUAGUUCAUCAGAUUCAAAAGAGCAUCUAAAUUCUUACAUUAAAUGCGAGUGUCCCAUUUGUGAUGAACCUCUGGGUAACCGAAACCACCUGUCGAAGCACAUCGAAACGAAUCAUGGGAUGUUUAUGUGCAACGUUUGUAUUAUGGUAUUCAGUAGUGGCGCUGAACUCCAUGGUCAUGAUUGUUCAGCUCAAUCAAAGAUGGACAACAGCCAGCAUGAAUCAAAAGCCGGUAGCCGAGAUGGCAACCAUGUAGACGAAUAUAAUGAUAAACCAGAAAUCAUCGAUCAAGCCGAAUUCAAACAAACUGAACAGGUUUCUAUUAAAAUGGAAAUUUCCGUUGAAGAUACAAAAUUGCAGUCACCGAAUGAUGAUAACACCGCAGAACACAAUUCUACGGAUUCCAACUACGGUAAACAUGAUAUUGUGGAUAAUAAGACAUCGUUGAAAACGACGAGUAGGUUGCUCUCCAUUCAGAAAGAAUCUCUACAGAAUCAAACUUUAAUAACUCCUAUGGAUUCACAUGAUCCACGACAAUUUGACGAUGACUGCGGAGGGUACAAUGAUAAACUGCAGAAAAAGCGCUCCAUAAUAAAAAAGUGCCCAAUCUGUGGGCUGAAAUUUCCUAGUGACACAAGAAUGCGAUAUCAUAAGCUGAUUUCCCACACAGAUCCUCGAUAUAAAUGUCCCAAGUGCCCGAAAACUUUCCAUGCCAAACACGUGUUAGACCGACAUGAAACGACUCAUCUGGAGCAGCAAAAUUUAACCUGUACCGUGUGUUUGGAAACGUAUCGCAAUGAAUUGCGACUGAAGCGCCAUAAAAAUUCCGCCCAUUCGGUGCCGUGCGAUCUGUGCGAACUCAAAUUCACUUCGCGUACUAAAAUGGAACGUCAUAAGAGGAAGCAACAUAAAGAUCGUCUGCCAGUUGACAAAUGGAGAAGAGUGAAGAUUCCAGGUCAAGCGCCGAAAAUCCCGGUUUGGACCGCGGAUCAGUUACAGGAGGCCAUUACCUCCGUUGUGACGCAGCGAUGUGGCAUCAGCCAGGCCAGUGCUCAGUAUAAGGUUCCAACCGGUACACUGUACGACAAUAUCCUCGGAAAGGUUAAUCGAAUGGGCGUUCUAGAGGAAGUCGUACUCAGUCCCGAGGAGGAAGCAAUGGUUCUGAAUUUCGCCUGCAAUAUGUCGCUAACGACGCAUAGUAAACGCACCAAACGAUCUCUGAGUAGCAUAUUGGAUUUCGUGAGCCAAUUUAAAUGUUUCCAAGAGAAUGGCGAUCGGUUCAAAUUUGGUGGAAUACCGGGCUACCAAUGGUGGUGGGCUUUCUGUCGGAAACAUUCGAUUGACAAACCAAGGUCGAAAUCAGAUGGACGCAAGAUAGCAAAAUUGAACGAAAGGACAAAAGAUGGAAAUGAAUUAAUUUAAAGCACAUAUGGUAAGCAAUCAUUUUUUCUUUUUUUUUGAAUAUCAGAUCGACAGCAGAAAAAAAUAGUACAUCCAUAGUCCCUCGUACUUAUUUGGACUGUCAGAGUGAACAAACCUAUCAGUUGAAACUAAGGUAUCUAGCAAUUGGACAGUCCCAGGCAAACGGCAGCAGAAAGCAAUCAAACGCUCGGCGAGAGCU